ACAUGCACGUUCCACAAUCCAAAAUGGCGGAAAAAAACGAAAUAGAAGGCAAACUCGUUAGUUUGCCUUUAGCUCGAAUUAAAACGAUAAUGAAAAGUUCUCCCGAGUCAAUCACCGCUGGACAAGAAUCCAUAUUCACAGUUGCGAGAGCUACGGAACUGUUCAUUGCAUAUCUUGCAAAAGAAGCUCAAAAAAUGGAGGGAAAAAAACCCGAAGUUACUUAUAAAUCACUAGCUGAAGCUGUUGCUGAACAAGAUAGUUUGGAUUUCCUAGCUGACAUCAUUCCACCGAAAGUCUUGGCCAAGGACUAUCUGGCUGCCUUAAAAAGCAAACAAGGAAAAAAUGCCAAAAGAAUUGAAAUUGAUUAAAUGUUGGAUGCAUUCAAUGUGGAUAGAAUCCUCAAGAACUUUCAAACUGAUCUUGCUUUGGUUGGUGUUUGUUGGACCAAAAAAAUUACUGUGUAAAUGUGGCAUUUUUAUACAAUAAUGCAGACGGACAUUCAAGAAAUAUUUCUCAUUGAGAAUGGUUAUUUUAAAACUUAUUUUUUCAAAUGAAAGGUGACAUGUUGGCAGAAAUGACAACAUGCAUAUUUAGCCUGGUCUACAAUCUCUUACAUAUCUUCAUCAUUCAAGUUUAAAUCAUCCAGCAUUUCAUCGAGGCUCACUUCUGGCACAUCUUCAGCAUUUGAUGUCACGCCAUAUUUGUGCUUAUCUAAAAAGAGAAUUUAAAGUGGCCAUGAAUAAAAGAUACAAACUUUGUGAA